CAUAGAGCACCGGUCGUCGUCGGCUACUCCGCUUGCUACUCUUCGGGAAUCGAAGUCCACGAUCGAGACCCCAAGGAGCGUAACUCGAGAGCAGCGUGACGCCUAAGAAGGUCGCACCAUAGACCAGCGACCCGGCCGGAGGCCAAUAACACCCGGUGGAGGACGGAGGUCAUAGUGUCCGGGACUCCAGGCGGGACGAGAGCGGACACUAAACGGCCGCUUCACGGACGACGAAGGAGCAAAGGUCGAGCGGUUGAGAAGGUAUAGGAGAGAGAGUUGCACAAGGUGGAAACGGCAAGAUGCACGAGUUCUACCCUAGAGACUACUCGGACCACGACUCGGAUGUCGACGAAUCAUUCCCAGUGUACUUACUCAGCCGCCAUUGGAAAGAGGAGCUGGCACUGGACAAGCCCGAGAACAAAGCCGCCAAGAGGGCACAUCGCACGCUGAGACCUGCGCGCAGGUCCUCUGGCUUACACGUCUUGAAUCCGAACCCGAAGUUCAAUGACACCUUGGAGACUCGCGUCAUUGACGCCAACUUGUUCCUCGAAGUUAGACUCCUGUACAGACCGGGCGGGUCACAGAUAAUAUUCACAAAAAAAGAUAAGAAGGUGCUUACGCUGCAAUUCAAGGACUACAACGCCAAGAAAGACGCAGAUCGGUACGACCAGCCGGAGCCCGACUUAGCCCUCGUAAUCAAGUACCUCACCGGUUACGACAAGCCAGAGGAGCAGGAGGUGGAUCGUAAAGUAUUCAAGCCAGAGGAGAACCACACCUAUGCCAUCCACAUAAGACAGAGGGGCUCCAGUAUUAAGCUCUCAGUGAAUGAUGUGGAUUGUGCGACGGUGCGUCUCAACGAUAAUCUGAAAGACGCCUACUUCACCACUACUGAAGGUGUUGAGGUGAAAGCUACGCAUCAACCAAGCAGACUGGCAAGACCCUACAAGGCGAAGAUCGAACCACCCCUUGAUGUCGGGGACAGAAUUGUUCUAUUCGGCAUGUUCAAGGACGAGAAAAAGUCCGCCCACAAGAAGUUGCUCAGCCUUGGCGAAACCGUGGUCCCAUGGCCGGACGAGGUUAAGUACGACAAGCAGACGCGCCUUGUGAUCCAGAGAUUCAAGACCCAGCUCGUAGUGUACAACGACACCAAGCCCAUCUACUCGUCACGAAAAGUUGACCGUGAACACCUGUAUGGCGAUUUCGAGGUCAACCGUGCUUUUUCUGUGGACGGGCUCUGGAUUGAACGGCUGAAGCUUCCUUGAGACACUCUUACAGGUUGACGGUGGCCAUAGAAACAGGAGUCACUUUUUUUUUUUGCUUUUUCACUUCUUUUUUCUCUUCCUUUCUCACUGACUUGGUUGUGGGAAAUGUCUGGUACCUUCCUCUCAUCUCUCUGAAUUUUUUUCUUUUUUUGGUGUUCAGCAAAUAAAUGGAGCUUUCUCCAACUUGACCAGUUUAAUGAGAGGCAAUAUUACACAGUGGAAGA